AUGUUAUUUUUCGUAUCUACAUCUUUAUUCUCCUGCGUCUAUGUCUACAACUUCGGCAGAGCUAUGGAGGAUGCUGUCACUGACAGCGUAUAUCGUUAUGGUCCAGUAUUCUCAAGAAUCGUCUGGGUAGCUGAUCCGGGCCUAUUCACCAUCAUAGCGAGCCAUGUUAGUAUGUCCCAUAUUGGUGCCUUACCUUUACUAUGCAUUGACGUUAUUGUCACUAUUGGUGUUAUCGCGAGUUCCCUAUUCUGGUUGGAGAAUUCAUCCGUACUACUGUCCAUGGCCGAUUUGAUUAACUUCAUCAUAGUGAUAGCAGUCGAUUCCUAUCUUUCGUUGCAGUCUACAAGAAGACUUCGGGAUCUGCUCACUCGUGACGCGAAGGAGCAUCCUGAGGAAUGGCAACAGUUUAUAUGUCUGAGUUUUGACAAUCUCGAUCACGCUGGUGAAGGGGUCAUUGAGACCAGAAUGCAUCGUCUUGAAGUUGUCAUUAACGGUAUUGUGUGUCGUCGUCCCGAUUUGGUGAUGAUGAUGUUCCCUCGACCGGAGGGUAAUAAUAUCCCUAGGAUGAACAUAACAUUAAUCGAUGUUGGUAGCCGUGGGGAUGUUGAGCCGUACAUCGCCAUUUCAAAGGAGCUCAACGCGAUGGGCCAUCAUUGUCGUAUCUGCACUCAUGAUAAGUUCCGAGAUAUGGUUGAGAGAAAAGGAAUAGAGUUCUUCCCAAUGGCCCUUGAUGCCCCUGGCCAUUGGCAACCUGAGGAUUUCAUGAGGCACGCAGCCGAGAGCCCCUCAUGGAGUCCCAAGUUCCUUUUCACUCCCCGGGAUAUGUGGUACAUCCUGCUACAUACUCCUGGUAUGAUGGAAUCCUUGAGGGAAAUCUUCUUCCCCCCAGGGUGGCAAACCGACAAGGUCGGGGCCUGGGCAGCUGUGAAGAGUAAUCGCGAGGAGCGUUGGGUUACCCAUGCUAUGAUCGCCAAUCCGCCAUCAUAUAUUCACGUCCAUCUGGCUGAGAGACUUGGAGUUCCCCUUCAUAUGUAG